AAUUCCACCCUUUUCUCAGAGCAGCCCUGGUAAGAGAAGCAGUGUGAUCAUUGCAGGUGCCCACCUGGGGCCCAGAUGGGGGACAGGCUUGGUGUCUGAGGAGGGAGGAUUCAGAGCCCAGGUCUCCUGAUGCUCAGCCCUCACUAUUUCCCCCAAACCACACCCAGCAGCUGAGGCAGCUGGGGCUGACUCCGCCGCUUCCUCACCACAGAGGAACCUCUGCCCAGGCUGAAACUCUGUUCCCAUGGUGGAGGGAGCAAUCUCCAGGGGAGGUGGCCAAGGAUUUCCUGUCUUUUAUCUGGGCUGGCCAAAGGCUGGCCUGUCUGAGGUGUGAGACACGCACUCACAGCCAGCUUUUCUGCUCCCGGUCAAGGUCACGUCAGGCUGGGGCUAUGAGCAGGCAGCUUGGGAAGUGCUUCGCCACAGACCUCUGCCCUGAGCAGCCCUCACCUGAGCAGGGCCUUCUAAAUGGCAAAACCAAGAGGGGAUGUGGGAAAGGGGCCAGAAUGGAGAUGAAGUGAAAGGCAUACAGAGCUACAUCCAGAGUUUGGGGCAGGAAAGUGUGUCAUGGUGGGGAGCAGGGGCUCUGGGAUAAACAGCACUGGGUGACUUUGGGCCAAUCACUUAACCUCUGGGAGCCUCCAUUUUGUCAGCUGUAAAAUGGAGCUAUAGGUACCUACCUCAUGGGGUUGUUGAGUCAUAAACCCAAUAAUAUGAACAGGAUUCUUCUUAUUGUUGUUGUUUAGUGGCACUUUCUGCCACCUUAUCUCUUUGCUGUUUUUCACUGACCUGGGGCUGUGCUGCAUCCAAACAUGUGGCCCCCGAGGCCUUAGGUCUUCUCUGGGCUUCUCUGACCCUCAGAUUCCACUUCCUCACAAAAAACAUUCCUGGGCCACACUCACCUGGAGGGAGGGAUCCUUCUGGUCUCCUCGAGUGAGGAGUGACAUUUAUGAUCACGCUAACAACAAUAAUAAUAGUAAACUCUUCUAAAUUCUUGACACCUUUGAACUUAAUUAGCUCCCAUGGUAAUUCUGUAAGGUAGGUACUGCUAUUCUCCUCCACAUUUUACAUAUGAAGAAGUAUACAGGGAGAGGCUAAAAGAAGAACGGACUCAAGGUCACAUGCCUAGGGAAUGAUGGAACUGGAAUCAGGACCCAGGUAGGCUGAGUCUACCACCCACACCCUUAGCAACGGUGCCAUGCCUCUCCUCCCUUUUUGGGGUGGCCAGCCAGGAGGCCAGAGCUCGGGCUUGGGUCUCCCUUCCACCCCUGACUGCUUAUUUUACCCAUCAUGAUCAGUCUUUCCUGGGCAGACAGUCCCUAGGUCCUUGCCUGCUCCCUCCCCAGUAAGGCAGACAGAUGGAGGGGAGAGAAAAUCAAAGGGCUGGGUAUUGAGGCUUUAAGCAGAGCUGCACUUGGGGGCGGGUAUACAGGAGGAAGCUGGGGAGGUGGUUCUGACAGCGGCAGGCCUGCCUGAUUAGCACCUCCCAGGACUAAGGGUGGAGGACAGGUUGCGGGGUGGCAUCAGGGAAAAGAGACACUAUAAUGAGCUCUCCUGACAACCAGAGUUCAUUAUUUAGAAGGUGUGGGUGGUUAGGGGCAGGUGGGAGGCUGGCUGAAUUAACUUGCUUGACCCUUCCAGCUUGGUGUGGUCCAUGCUGGUAUUGGGCAUGUGGAAGGGUAAGCUUUUGUCCAGAAGCUCUACCUUCCCCACAAUGUUCUCACCUCAGGGCCCAUGGGGGGCUACAGACUUCCUUCCCAUAGGCUGUACCUCCUUUAGAGCUCAUUCUCUGUGAUCUUGCCUGCAAACAGAGGCCAGAGAGUGCUUCAGAGGAUAGCCGACCUUAGCAUCUGCUUCCCUGAGAAGUAUGGGCCUGAUAGCAGCUCUGGUCCGGUACUCCAGGAGAGUUUGGCUUUUGCUCAGUUUCAGACCCUGGUGCCUAGCAUGGGGCCUGGCACAGGGUAGGAGUGGAUUUGGAGGGGAGAGCCUAGGGAGACAACAUGGGAACAGAUCAACAGGUUGGUUGUGGUCAUUUAGGCAGGCUCCUGGUCCUCGUCCAUAGUCCAGUGGAAGCCACUUGACCUCCUAUAGCCUCAGUUUUCCCAUUUGUGCAGUAGGUCUGUUUCGGACAGGGCUGUCAUGGGGACCACAAGAGAUGUGGGAUGGUCAGGUGUUUUCUCCACUGAUGGGAAGUUACUUCAGGCUAAGGGUUCAUACUGCACAACUCCUGGCCUAUGUUUCUUGUGUCCACAGCCAAGGCAACUUCUAUUUAAUGAGUAUUCUAACUUGGUGGACUUGGAGGACUCUGGAUCUAGACUGCCUGGAUUUGCACCUUGACCCACUACUUCCUAGUUGCUGAUUUAGGGCAAGUUACUCAAUAUCCCUGGGCCUUAGUUUUCUCAUCUGUCAAAUAGAAAUUUCAUAGCACUUAGCCCCUGCAGGGUUGUUGUCAAGAUUCAGUGAAAUAAACCAUAUAAGAAGUACUUAGGCUGGGGACCCAACAAUGACUUGGAACCCUUUGCUUGUUGUUAUUAUCUCAUUUUAUACUUGCAAAAACCUCCUGAUGUCAGGGAUAUAAACAUGUCACUAUUUUACAGCUAAGGACACUGAAGCCCAGAGAAGCUAAGUCUUGCCCAAAGAGAUCUGUGUAAAGUUCUUAGCUUGGGGCUUGGCACAUAUUAAGUGCUCAGUAAAUAUUAAUGUUUAAUCUUAAUUAUUGUUAAUAAUGACAUUCGGUAUCCUUAGUAUUAUUAUUAGUAAGGAACACAACCACAGCUAAGAAGUAGCAGAGCCAAGACUAAAAGCCACAGUCAUAGCCUGUUAGUCUUCCAACUGCACCUGAAAACCUCUAUUUCUAGAUAUUACACAGUUAUUAGGUUGCCAUUUAGAUUCUCCUUCCCUUUACCCCAGGUGGCCUAAGCAUGCACAUGGCCACCCCCUGCCCACAAAGCUAAGCACCCCCCUUUCUUCACAGAAUCACAGCCCUCCCUUUGGCUGCAGAGCUCAGGGGAGGCUUGUAUCCAUUGGCUUCUAGAGGAGGAACAGACCCUGUGAAGAGGUUACUUCUCUUGGGCCCAUUUUCUUUCUGUAAGAGACAAUAUUUUUUUCUGGGUCUCAGGGUGGGGCCAGGCUCCUUCAAGGCAUUUCCUGCCUGGGGGUUUAUAUUUGGCCUCAACAAAAGGAAAAGGAAGUAGGCAAGGGGGGUGGGAUGUAGAAGUGGAGACACAGGUUCAAGAUGGGUGAGUGCCAAGACUUUGCAGGCCAAGAGAGGAAGCAGGAGACGGUGCAUGUCCCUUGCCCUGUGGGCUUGGGGGCCCUCACAGGAGCUUGGGAUGGAAGAGCUGAGGGUUCCUUGGGGCCAGAAUGUCUUUGUCCCUAGGCAGAGAUUAUUUUCACAUCUUACACCUCUGGGCCUUGGUUCUUGGCCGUGGUUUCUGCCCUGGGGCAAAGUGUUCUGCUGGUCAUCUAGUUGGCUGAGUUGCAAGCGUGUCUCCUCAGUUCUGUGUCUUUGCUGUAGUGAUAUCAGAGGAAUGGGUGGAGGCAGAGGCCCGCACACUGUUUAGUUGGAAAGCAGGACUUCCUGCCUAGGUGUUGCCAGAACAUUCUGUAGCCCUUACCACAAUGCAGUGGGUAUACUGAGACCGAUAGGACCCAGUGCCGUGGGACUCCAGUUGAAUGGGGCAGACAGUCUCAUGUGCAGCUGAGAAGAAGCUGAGGCCAAGAGAGCAUGCAAGUGGCUCCGAGCGACAGGAUUCCCUCAGUAUGCGCAGCUAUUUGAGGGAGGCUGAUGACCUUGAACAAUUGUGCCUCAAUGAAACUGGAAGUUCACUUUCAAAGCAAGCAGAAUGAAGACUCAGAAGAAGAAGAGCAGUGUACCAUCAGCAACCAUUGGGCUGUCCAGCAAAAAAGUAAAUUCUGGUCCCACGGAGGGUCCUCUGACCUGCUGGCCCCCCCAAGCCCUGGCCUGCCGGGGACCUCCAGCUGUGAGAGUGUCCUCACAGAGCUCAGCGCCACUUCCCUGCCAGCCAUCACUGUGGGCCUAUCACUGGAGCCAGAGGACCUGCCCUCACCCUGCCAUGUCCCCAGUCCAAGUAAUCAGCUCCUCCUUAGCCCCACCCAGGGCCAAAAGGGUCCCCGGGACAAAGCCAAGAAGCACCGUUCUCGUAGCUUCCUUAAGCACCUUGAAUCUCUCAGGCGGAAGGAGAAGGGUUGUGGUCAGCAAGCAGAGCCUGAGCGUGGCCCAGCCACCUUAGAGAAGACCAGCAAACCCUCCUCUUUCUGCAGUCGCCGCAGUUUCCUCUCUGCUGGAUUCUACAAGGCCAAGAACAGGGCGGCCACCUCAGCUGGUGACGGUGGCGCUGCAACCCCAAGGGCCUGGGAGGCCUGGCCUGUGGCCGCAUUUCAGCAUCCACAGCGGGCGCACCAGGGUGACUGCCUUGUACACGUGCCCAGGGACCACAAACCAGGCACAUUCCCUCGCUCCCUGUCCAUUGAGAGCCUGUUUCCUGAGGACGGACACCGCCUGGCAGAUUGGCAGCCAGGGAGGCCCCGGGGCUGUGAGGGGCGUCGGGGCUCCUGUGGCUCCACAGGCAGCCAUGCCAGCAUCUAUGACAACAUGCCCAAGCUGUACCCAGCGGAGCCUGUCCUGGCUGGCGCUGAAGCUGAGGAGGAGGAGGAGGGCAGCAGCAGCUAUGCCCACCUAGAUGACAUUCUCCAGCAUGUGUGGGGGCUGCAGCAACGGGUGGAACUCUGGUCUCAGGCCAUCUACCCAGACCUGCGGACUAGAGAGAAGGAAGAGGGGGAAGAAGAGGAGGAAGUCAUUUCAUCCGUAGAGAUGGCCAUGGUUGAGGUCGGAGGGCAAGCUGAGGCUCUGGCCCAGGUGGAGGCUCCAGCCCGCCAAGGGUCCUCGGCCCUGGGCCAGGCUGAUGUCCAGCCAGUAGUCCCAGCUCAGAUUCAGGUUAGGGCUGAGGUUGAGCCCCUGGCACAGGCACAGGCUGAGGCCGAUACUGAGGCCCUGGGUCCAGCCCAAGAUAAUGGUCAGGAGGCGAAUUCAGGUGGAGAACCCACCUCAGCCUCCAGCCUGUCUAUGGAAGAAGGACACUCCAUUCCUGACACCGUGGCCUCCUCCAGUGAACUGGACAGUAGUGGAGCCUCUGCGAAUGAGCCCGAGGCCAGAGGCUCACCAGCUGAACUUCGGGCAUCAGCACCACGUGAACGACGAGAUUCAGGCGUUGGGGCCUCGCUUACUAGACCCUGCAGGAAGCUCCGCUGGCACAGCUUCCAGAACUCCCACCGGCCCAGCCUCAACUCAGAGUCCUUGGAGAUCAACCGCCAGUUCGCCGGCCAGAUCCACCUCCUGCACAAGGGCUCACUGCUGCGGCUCACCGCCUUCAUGGAGAAGUACACUGUGCCCCACAAGCCAGGAUGGGUCUGGUCAGUGCCCAAGUUCAUGAAAAGGAACAAGAGCCCAGACUACCGGGGCCAGCACGUGUUUGGGGUGCCGCCCCUUGUACAUGUGCAGCGCACAGGCCAGCCGCUGCCGCAGAGCAUCCAGCAAGCCAUGCGCUACUUGCGCAGCCAGUGCCUGGACCAGGUGGGCAUAUUCCGCAAGUCGGGGGUGAAGUCCAGGAUCCAGAACCUGCGCCAAAUGAAUGAGAUGUCCCCAGACAAUGUUUGCUACGAGGGCCAGUCAGCUUAUGAUGUGGCUGACUUGCUGAAGCAGUAUUUCCGGGACCUACCAGAGCCUAUCUUCACCAGCAAGCUCACCACCACUUUCCUGCAGAUCUACCAGCUCCUCCCCAAAGAUCAGUGGUUGGCAGCAGCGCAGGCUGCCACCUUGCUGCUCCCUGAUGAGAACCGAGAGGUCCUACAGACCCUGCUCUAUUUCCUAAGUGACAUUGCCUCUGCUGAGGAAAACCAGAUGACAGCCGGCAACCUAGCCGUGUGCCUGGCACCCUCCAUCUUCCAUCUCAACGCCUCCAAGAAGGAUAACCCCUCACCCAGGAUCAGGAGCAAACGCAGCCUGGUUGGCCGGCCAGGCCCUAGGGACCUGAGUGAGAACAUGGCUGCCACCCAGGGCCUAUCACACAUGAUCAGUGACUGCAAGAAACUUUUCCAAGUCCCCCAGGACAUGGUGCUGCAACUGUGUGGCUCCUACAGCGCAGCUGAGCUCAGUCCUCCUGGGCCAGCCCUGGCCGAGCUGCGGCGGGCCCAAGCUGCAGGUGUGAGCAUGAGCCUCUACAUGGAGGAGAGCAUCCAGGAGCUGCUCCGCGAUGCUGCCGAGCGCUUCAAGGGCUGGAUGAGUAUGCCAGGGCCCCAGCACACGGAGCUGGCUUGCAGGAAGGCACCAGACGGGCACCCCCUGCGUGUGUGGAAGGUGUCCACUGAGGUGGCAGCCCCUCCGGCCGUGGUGCUACACCGUGUUCUGCGGGAGAGGGCCCUCUGGGACGAGGACCUGCUGCGAGCCCAGGUGUUGGAGGCCUUGAUGCCCGGCGUAGAGCUGUACCACUAUGUCACCGACAGCAUGGCACCCCAUCCCUGCCGUGACUUUGUGGUGCUCCGGAUGUGGCGCUCCGACCUGCCCCGUGGUGGCUGCCUGCUAGUCUCCCAGUCCCUGGAUCCUGAGCAACCGGUGCCAGAGUCAGGGGUGCGGGCUAUGAUGCUCACUUCCCAGUACCUCAUGGAGCCUUGUGGCCUGGGUCGCUCCCGGCUCACUCACAUCUGCCGUGCUGAUCUCAGGGGCCGUUCUCCUGACUGGUACAACAAAGUCUUUGGGCACCUGUGUGCCAUGGAAGUGGCAAAGAUCCGGGACUCCUUCCCCACCCUACAGGCAGCUGGCCCUGAGACAAAGUUAUGAGCGUCACUCCCUACCAGGCCCCUUGGCACCAAGGGAGAAGGAAAGCGGGUAAGGGGAGGAGAGCAGCCCUCAUGUGUUGCUUCCAGGGGCAGAGCGCGGCCCUUGCUGAUCUGGCAGCCUCCUGUCCCCUUGGCUGCCUGAAGCUCUUCCACAUGUAUAAGGGAGGGGAAGAGAAUUUCAAGUGCCCUGACUCUACUCCACCUGCACCCAAGAGCCUGUGUUCUGUCCUCCUAAGAGGGAGGAGUCAUUUUCCAAAGAAGACGACUGCUGCGACACUACUGGCCCACAACAAGGCACCAUCCAUCUGAAACCUUGUCAGCUCCCCCACCCGCAGGGGGAAGGAGAUAGACAGCAGGGUGUGCGUCCAGGUCUCUGCCGCUCAGGGAGGCCAAGCCAUCCUUUUGGGUGCUCAGUUCCCUUUGAGGUUGGCAGGAGGCUCUGAUCCUGCCUUUGGGUCUAAUAUUUGGCUCUGAACUGGCUUUUUCAGAGAAAGGGAAUUAGAGAAGGUGAGCACAGGGCAGCCCAACCACCGUGAACUGUUUGAUUUGUGUCAAUACGAUACUGAUUUUUACGAGGCUGAUUUAAAGAGUGGCACUAGCAGUAGGCAGCAGGAUGGUUUGGGGCAGCCUGGGAUAUGGGAAUGGGGGUGAAAGGGGGCUCCCUUUCUCAGGUCUCAGGAUACCAGUGAACCAGUCUCCCUGGCUUGGGCCCCCUACUUUAUUUGCCACUCGCCAGUGUCCUGUGUGGCCUUUGGUCACAUACUCUUAUGUUUGGAGAGCAAAUGGGCUCAAUCCCACUACAUAGGCCCAGCAAAAGCAGACAGUAGUGAAGAGACACAUAUCUGUGUCCAUGUCCCUUCUCCUGCUCCUCCUGCCUGUGGUAACAGGCUGACACAAGAGCCCUGUCAUCAAGCAGAGACCUGGCCCCUGCUUCAGGCAGCUGGUCCUCCAGAUGGAAGGGCCGAGUGUCACCUCAGCCAGCUGCGGCUUGAUCUAAACCUGAUCCAUCCCCACCCAGCAGCCAUCUUGGCUUAUGUGGAAUUCCAAAUGACAUUCAAAUGCCAACAGGUGCUUCAUUUUUCUUUCAGCUCAGUGAACUGGAGUGGGAUGGGUUCCAGCCAAUGCUGUAAUUUUUAAGCCUAUUUUAUUUGUACCUAUAAAUACUGUACAGUCAGAAUAUAUAUAUAUAUGUAUUUGUGUGUAUAUAUAUAUAGAUAGAUACAUAUAUAUGCACAUCUGUAUAUGCACACGUAUUCUAUUGUGAGUAUAUUAUAAUCCGUGGGCGCGAGCAGGGGUCAGGAAAGCCUGAGGGGGACAGGGCAUUUAAGAUGACGGAGGCUGAAGGCAGGAACCAUGUGACCCCUCAGCAGAACAAUAAAGCAAUACUAGAGAUGGA